UUACUGUGGCUGCUGCAGUCUUUUAUAAGAGGUUUGUUGCUGGUAUUGCCCUGUAAUGUUAGCAAAGCCAAACUGACACAUGUUCUGUUGUUUUUCAAGUUCCCAAAACAGGUUUUUUCUUUUUCUUGCCAGUUUUUUCAGUGAUGUCUCAAUGAACCACACAACUGUAGUGGAGUUUGUCCUCCUGGGACUGGCUAACAGCCGCCAGUGGGAGAUCAUCCUCUUUGUGUUCCUUGGCAUUGCCUACCUCUUGAUCCUGCUUGGAAACAUUUCUGUCAUCAGCAUCACUCUUACCAAUCACUUCCCAACCCCCAUGUACUACUUCCUUAGGAAUUUUGCCCUUUUGGAAAUCACUUUCACCUCCACCUUCCUUCCCAGCACCCUGUACAGCCUCCUGACAGAGAGGAAGACAAUUUCCCUGCCUGGCUGCUUCCUCCAGAUGCUGCUUUUCUACUGCCUGGGUACCUGCACCCUUUUCUACAUGGCAGGGAUGUCCCUGGACCGCUACGUUGCCAUCUGCCACCCCUUGCACUACCCGGCCAUCAUGAACAGCAGAUUCUGCCUGCAGCUGAUCCUGGGCUGCUGGGCACUGACUUUUCUCCUGAUGCUUCCCCCCACCAUCAUGACAGUGCAGCUGCCAUUCUGUGGUCCCAAUGUCAUGAAUCACUUUUACUGUGAUGCCUCCCUGUUGUUGCAGCUGUCCUGCACAGACACAGCCUUCAUCGAAGAGCUGAUGUUCAUCAUACUCAUCCUCAUCCUCCCCGGUACCCUGAUAGUAACCGCUGUUUCUUAUGGCUGCAUUAUUGUCACCAUCUUGCUUAUUCCAUCAUCAGCAGGCAGGAGGAAGGCAUUUUCCACGUGCUCAGCUCACCUCAUGGUGGUGAUGGUGUUUUACAGCACCUGCAUUUACAGGUACAUCCGCCCAGCCCAGCGAGGUGGGCAGGACUCUGACAAAGUUCUGUCUUUGUUCUUCUCCGUGCUGACCCAGACAGUCAACCCUUACAUCUACUCACUCAGGAACAGGCAAGUCAAGCAAGCUUUAAAGGAGAAAAUUCUGAAGUUUUCUGGCUCCCUGAGGCAGAUGUGA